GGAAUCACUCAUAAUACAGAAAGUGUGUCCACUGUGCAAAGCUUUAGCUAGCUGACGAUUUUAGAGAGCUUGCAUACUCUUUCCCGUUUUAACCAAACCAUAGAGAGAAAGACAGGACUUUUAGAGAGAGAGAGAGAGAGAGAGAGGCAAAGGAGGAACCAGUGUGAUGAGUGUGGGGACUAUAGGGUGUGUUCAUCGAAAGGUCGGUUUCUUUUGGUGUGAAAAAACAAGCACUCGAUUAUUAUAGAGAAAGGGCCACUCUCUCUCACUCAUGCUUUGGUCCGCGUGCUUUGAUACAAACUCAUGGGCUUUGUUUUUAUUUUUUUAGUCUUUUGGGGUUGAGCCCUGAAGCCCCACCUCUUAGAUUCACAGUCUCUUUUUGCAGUAUUUGUUCCUUGAUUUUGGAUUCUUGAGGGGGGUCUCUUGGCUCUUGCUUUUUUGGCCUGAUUGGAUGUUUUUGUUUUUUUGUCAGUGUAUAUGUAUUCUCUACUAAAUUUUGAGACGUGGGUCAAUGGUGGUUUUCUCACCUUUCUGAAGAAAAAGAGUGAGAGUAAUGGGGGACAGGGAAAAAGAUUCUAGCUUGGACUUGUUUUAGAUGAGAAAUGAGAAUUUGGGUUCUGGGAAUUAAGGGGUUUUGGGAUUUGAGGUUGUGGGUGUGUGUGUUGUAUUGAACUUGUAAAUGGGACACGCAUAAAUGGGUUGUGUUGAAGAGAAAGUCAAAGCUGGAGGAAGUGGGUUCAUGGGUGGAAGUGGAGCACACACAACAUGUCUGCUUGAGGAGAUGAAAUUGUUGAAAGAAAUGCAGGAUCAGUCUGGGGCCAGGAAGACUAUAAACUCUGAGUUAUGGCACGCGUGUGCUGGUCCUCUAGUUUCACUGCCUCAGCUGGGUAGUCUAGUAUACUACUUCCCUCAAGGUCACAGCGAGCAGGUAGCUGCUUCCACCAAACGGACAGUAACGUCACAAAUUCCCAACUAUCCGAAUCUUCCAUCUCAAUUGAUGUGUCAACUUCAAAAUGUUACAUUGCAUGCAGACAAAGAGACGGACGAAAUUUAUGCUCAAAUGAGUCUUCAACCAGUAAACACCGAAAAAGACAUCUUCCCUGUACCAGACUUUGGACUCAAGCCCAACAAACAUCCAAGUGAGUUUUUCUGCAAAACUUUAACUGCAAGUGAUACAAGCACGCAUGGUGGCUUUUCAGUACCACGCAGGGCAGCAGAAAAGCUUUUUCCUCCUUUGGAUUAUACAAUGCAACCACCAACUCAAGAACUUGUUGUCCGGGACUUGCAUGAUAACACUUGGACGUUUCGCCACAUAUACCGAGGCCAGCCGAAGCGACACCUUCUCACAACUGGAUGGAGUUUGUUUGUUGGUGCCAAAAGGCUUAAAGCAGGUGAUGCUGUCCUGUUUAUCAGGGAUGAAAAGUCACAUUUAAUGGUAGGUGUGAGGCGUGCAAACCGUCAGCAAACAACAUUACCCUCAUCAGUUUUAUCUGCUGAUAGCAUGCACAUUGGUGUCCUGGCUGCCGCAGCUCAUGCUGCAGCGAACCGAAGCCCAUUCACAAUAUUCUACAACCCAAGGGCAUGUCCUUCAGAAUUUGUCAUCCCUUUGUCAAGAUUCCGUAAAUCUGUCUUUGGGACGCAACUCUCUGUUGGCAUGAGGUUCGGGAUGAUGUUUGAAACAGAGGAGUCCGGUAAGCGGAGGUAUAUGGGUACAAUAGUUGGCAUUAGUGACUUAGAUCCACUGAGGUGGCCUGGUUCCAAGUGGAGAAAUCUUCAGGUGGAGUGGGAUGAGCCAGGGUGUUGUGAUAAACAGAAUAGGGUUAGUCCGUGGGAAGUUGAGACUCCCGAAAGUCUUUUCAUUUUUCCUUCUCUGACUUCAGGUCUCAAACGCCCGUUUCACUCUGGAUUUUUGGGAACAGAAACCGAAUGGGGAAAUAUGGUUAAAAGACCCCUUGUCCGGGUUCCUGAUAAUGGAAAUGGAGAUCUUCCAUACCCGAUACCUAAUAUAUACUCAGAACAACUAAUCAAGAUGCUAUUGAAACCUCAACAUAUGAACCAUCCUGGAAACUUUUAUCCUACUGUACAACAAGAAUCUGCUACUAAAGUAGAUCCAUUACGAGAUAUGAAGAUCAUGCAGCAGGGCACAACCAACCAAAAAUCUCAUCUUAUCUGUUCAGAGGGUACACCUCCAAUUCAGCCUCAGUCAGGCCUUGACCAACCUGAUGCCAUGAACUUAAAUUCAUCAUCAAAAGCAAUGCCACCUGGAAAAUUUAACUCUCUAGCCGAAUGUGAAAACCGAACACUGGCUGGAAUUAAUACUGAAAAGCCAAUUAUAGAACCUGAGAUUUCAACAGAUGAGUUAAGCCAGUUGACUUCAACAGGAGAGUGCAACGAGGAAAAACUGGUUGCAUGCCCCGUAACUCAGAACCUUGUGAACCAGCCAACAUUCAUUAACCAGAACCAGGAGCCAUUGCAAUCACAAACAAGUUCGUGGCCUAUGCAGCCACAAUUGGAAUCAUUGAUCUACCAUCCCCAACAACUUGAUGUUCCACAGUCUGAUUGUUCUAAUCCAAAUGGCUUUCUUCCAUCCCUAGACCCUGAUGAAUGGAAAUUUUACCCCUCUUGCCAGCCUCUUGGUGGAAUGUUUAGAUCUCCUGGACCUUUAUCCAUGUUUGGAUUGCAAGAUUCUUCGGCAUUGUUUCCUGAAGCGGUUAAUCCUGCUUUACCUCCAGUGGGUCAGGAAAUGUGGGAUCAUCAACUAAAUAAUUUAAGGAUUUUAUCCCAAGCUGACCAGCUCACUUCAUUUUCUCACCAAGACUCACGUAACCUUAGUUGUAUAUCCAAUUCAAGUGGUCUAAGAGAUUUGUCAGAUGAGAGCUACAAUCAAAGUGGGAUUUACAGUUGUGCUAACAUUGAUGUUAAUAAUGGUGGAAGUACUGCACUAGAUCCUUCCGUUUCAAGCACCAUUCUGGAUGACCUAUGUACAGUGAAGAACGCUGGAUUCCAGAAUCCUUCUGAUUGUUUAGUUGGCAACUUCAGUUCAAGUCAGGAUGUUCAAUCUCAGAUUACCUCAGCAAGCCUAGGAGACUCUCAAGCUUUCUCUCGGCAAGAAUUACCAGACAGCUCAGGAGGUACAUCUUCAAGCAAUGUGGAUUUUGAUGAGGGCAGUCUUCUGCAGAAUAGUUCGUGGCAGCAAGUAGUUCCACUUGUGCGAACCUAUACAAAGGUUCAAAAAAAAGGAUCUGUUGGGAGGUCAAUUGAUGUCACAGGUUUUAGAAAUUAUGAUGAACUAUGUGCUGCAAUUGAGUGCAUGUUUGGACUUGAGGGGCUGCUCAAUGACCCAAGAGGUUCAGGGUGGAAACUAGUAUAUGUGGAUUAUGAGAAUGAUGUUCUACUCGUUGGGGAUGAUCCUUGGGAGCAAUUUGUUCGUUGUGUACGCUGCAUCAAAAUUUUAUCACCUUCAGAAGUUCAGAAGAUGAGCGAAGAGGGAAUGCAGCUUCUAAACAGUGCUGCAAUGCAAGGGACUAACGGCCCCAUGUCAGAAGGUGGAUAUGCUUGACACCAACUUAACUGCAAUGCCGCAUGUGAUUACACAAGUCUGAUUUGCUGCCAUGUUUGGGGGGGAGAUCUCAGCUUCUUUGGGCUUGAAAUAUUAAUGUCGUUUAAUUUAUUUCACCUCAACCAUGGCCACUUAAUGUGAGUACUUCUACUUGCUUUCGCCUUGUAAUGGUGCAAUGUGCUGUUAGACUUGCAGUCACCUUUGUAAGAAUUUGAAAUUAGGUGAAGAACCCUUGUAGUGUAAUAGAACUUAUGGUUCAUAGUUAUAAUGAAAUUGUUAGAUGAUUCUAUAGUU